UCCGUUUCGCUCGCUCCCUUCGCCCAUGCCCCGCUCAAACAAGCAAGCGCCCCGUCGCGGAGCUCCCCGCGGACGCCCGGCUGCGCAGCAAGGAGCCGCCGACGGGGCGAGCCUCGUCAGGAGGGAUUAAGCGGGAGGUGGAGCGGACGAGAGGGGGCGACGGAGCCGGGCGCGGAGCUUGCGCACCUCCUCCUCCUCCUCGCGCACUUUGUUUUCCCGCCCUUGGAGCUGAGGAGGACUAGCGCCAUGGCAGCGCCGGCGGAGCAGCAGCAGCGCGCCUGGAGUUUAGUCGCCGCGCCCGUCUUCUCCGUCAGCUUGUGGUUCCUGUGCUCGGCUCCCCAGGUUGGUGGUGACCAAAACCAGGGAGCUAUCUUUCUACGCGAGUUUACCUUAAUUCGGAGAGAGAGUCUUAAUGAAGAUUUCCUUUCGGAUUUGCUGAAUACGAACCACAGAAUUGAAGAUACGAGUUCUCGAACUGCUCGAUCGGAGGAAGACCGAGAUACCCUGUGGGAUGCCUGGGGCUCGUGGAGCGAAUGUUCCCGUACUUGUGGGGGAGGCGCUUCCUACUCCCUCAGGCGCUGCCUGAGCAGCAAGAGCUGUGAGGGUCGAAAUAUCAGAUACCGAACAUGCAGCAACGUGGACUGCCCUCCAGAAGCAGGUGAUUUCCGUACCCAGCAAUGUUCGGCGCACAAUGACGUCAAGUACCAGGGGCAGUUUUACGAAUGGCUCCCUGUAUCUAAUGACCCGGACAACCCAUGCACCUUGAAGUGCCAGGCCAAAGGGACAAGCUUUGUUGUGGAAUUGGCUCCUAAAGUGCUGGAUGGGACCCGAUGCUACACUGAAUCGCUAGAUAUGUGCAUUAGCGGCUUGUGCCAAAUUGUUGGCUGUGACCACCAGCUGGGAAGCUCUGUCAAGGAGGAUAACUGUGGGGUCUGCAAUGGAGACGGUUCCACCUGCCGGCUUGUCCGAGGCCAAUAUAAAUCUCAGCUCUUGGCAAAUAAACCGGAUGAUACCGUGGUUGUUAUUCCCUACGGAAGUCGACAUGUUCGCCUGGUGCUGAAAGGUCCUGAUCAUCUCUGUGACGUUUCUCCUUUUCAGAUCCGUUACGCUGGUGCUGCCGACAGUACGGUUCAGUUUAUUUUCUAUCAGCCUAUUAUUCACCGAUGGAGAGAAACUGAUUUCUUUCCUUGUUCCGCUUCCUGCGGUGGAGGUUACCAGCUGACUUCUGCCGAGUGCUAUGAUCUGAGAAGCAAUAGAGUGGUCUCUGACCAAUACUGCCACUACUACCCUGAAAACAUCAAGCCAAAGCCCAAACUUCAGGAGUGCAACCUGGAUCCUUGCCCUGCCAGUGAUGGAUACAAGCAGAUCAUGCCCUAUGACCUCUACCAUCCUCUUCCUCGGUGGGAAAGCACCCCGUGGACCGCUUGCUCUUCUUCUUGCGGGGGAGGCAUUCAGAGCCGCACAAUCUCUUGUGUGGAAGAGGACAUCCAGGGGCUCAUCAGCUCUGUGGAAGAAUGGAAGUGCAUGUACACUCCCAAGAUGCCCAUUGUCCAGCCUUGCAACAUCUUCGAUUGCCCCAAGUGGUUGGCCCAGGAGUGGUCUCCGUGCACAGUGACAUGUGGCCAAGGCCUAAGAUACCGAGUGGUUCUGUGCAUCGAUCACAGAGGGAUGCAUACCGGUGGCUGCACUGCUAAAACAAAGCCUCACAUCAAGGAAGAAUGCAUUGUUCCCACUCCUUGCUACAAGCCAAAAGAAAAACUUCCUGUUGAAGCUAAAUUGCCAUGGUACAAGCAAGCCCAGGAACUGGAAGAAGGAGCAAUAGUAUCAGAAGAACCAACGUUUAUUCCGGAGACAUGGUCUGCCUGCAGCGUGACCUGUGGGGUUGGAAUCCAAGUCCGCUUGGUGAAGUGUCAAGUGCUGCUCUCCUUCUCUCAAUCUGUGGCUGAUUUGCCCAUUGAUGAAUGUGAAGGGCCCAAGCCAGCCUCUGAACGAGCUUGUUAUGGUGGCCCUUGCAAUGGGGAGACCAGCGAAUAUAGUCCUGAAGAGGCCGAUGUGUUUUAUGGAGGCUCACAGGAUUUUGAUGAACUCCAUGACUGGGAGUAUGAAGGCUUCACAGAGUGCUCUGAGUCUUGUGCAGGAGGUGUUCAAGAGGCAGUAGUGGCUUGCCUGAAUAAACAGACAAGAGAGUUUGCAGAUGAAAAUCUAUGUGUGAGCAGCCGGCGUCCCCCACAGUUGCUGAAAGCUUGUAACCUGGAGCCUUGUCCCCCAAGGUGGGAGGUGGGGCAGUGGAGUUCCUGCAGCCUCACCUGUGGCGUUGGACUGCAGACCCGAGAUGUCUUCUGCUCUCACCUCCUCUCGCGAGAAACCAAUGAGACGGUGAUCCUGGCAGACGGGCUGUGCCACAAGCCCCAGCCCAUCCUGGUGCAAGCCUGCAAUCGUUUCGACUGCCCCCCAUCCUGGUACCUCUCGGAGUGGCAACAGUGUUCACAGACAUGCGGGGGUGGCCUUCAGAAGCGGGAAGUGCUCUGCAAGCAGCGCAUGGCCGAUGGAAGUUUCCUGGAGCUUCCAGAAACAUUCUGCUCCACUUUGAGACCCGCCUCCCAACAAGCCUGCCAAAAUGAGGACUGCCCCCCUGAGUGGCUUCUUUCAGACUGGACGCAGUGUUCUGUGAGCUGUGGUGAGGGAACCCAGAAGCGAAAUGCUAUUUGCAGGAAAAUGCUAAACACCGGGCUUUCUGCCAUCAUCAAUUCAUCGCUGUGCCCGCCCUUGCCGUUCUCGUCGUUGGUCAGGCCAUGUGCAAUAGCAACCUGUUCAAGACACCAGAGGCCGUCUCACAAGCAAACCCCUCUGAUCAUGGCUCAGAAGAAAGUCUUCAUCCAAACAAGGAAACAGCGAAAGCUGCACUUCGUUGUUGGCGGGUAUGCCUACCUUCUCCCCAAAACCUCCAUCAUCCUCAGGUGCCCCGUGAGAAGGUUCCGGAAGCCAAUGAUCACAUGGGAGAAAGAUGGCAAGCGGCUCAUCAGCUCGGCUCACGUGACUAUUGCUCCGUAUGGAUAUAUGAAAAUUCAUCGGCUGAAGCCCUCCGAUACGGGGACGUACACGUGCGCAGCAGGGCUGGCUCGGGAGCAUUUUGUGAUUAAGCUCAUAGGAGGCCACAACAAGCGCAUGACCGCCUUGUCUCUUGGGAUGAUGAAGGAAGAAGAAGCCACGAGGAAGGCCAGCUUGAACGAAGCUUUGCACGCCCAGGAGAAGCACCAGAACGGAAUCCUCUUCAAUGGGAGCAAAACCGAGAAACGGGGGCUUCUUACCGACCCUAGCAGCCGGUACGAUGACAUUGUCUCGAGGCUUCUGGAGUACAGAGGCUGGCCUCGCGACCACCCGGAGCCAUGGGAAGCUCAGGACUCUGCGGAGAGAAACAUCUCUUCUGAGGAAGAUCAGGGCCAGGAGUACACGCUUCCUUUCACCAUGGUCGCCAGCCAGGAUCGUUUGGACGACAUCCUGAGAAACUUGUCCCAACAGCCAGAGGAAGUUCAGGAUAUCUAUAGCAAGCAGCUGGUUGCGCAGUUGGCCCACGAAAUUUUCAAGAGCCAUUUGGAACACCAGGAGUCCCUUUUCAAAACGCAAGGGGGCAGGGUCCGUUCUGCUUCGGUGGAGGUCCCGUUCAGCAAGUAUUUUUCCGAGUUUACCAGCUCCUUGAGAACGUCUUCGGCUGAAGCCCACUUGUCGCCGGAGCUGGCAAACGGCUCGCGGGGGCCUCCUAGAAAGCCUGCCAUUCUCAAGAAGAUAUCUGCAGCGCAGCAGCUCUCUGCCUCUGAAGUGGUCACCCAUCUGGGACAUACUGUCGUUUUAGCUAGCGGGACGCUAAGUGUGCUUCUUCACUGCGAGGCAGUUGGGAACCCAAAGCCCACCAUUAGCUGGGCAAAGAAUGGAGAGGUUGUGCAGUUCAGCAAAAGGAUACUUCUUCAGCCAGAUGACUCCUUGCAAAUCCUGGAGCCUGUCGAAGCAGACGUCGGAUUCUAUACCUGCAAUGCAACUAAUGCGUUGGGAUCUGACUCUGUUUCCAUUGCCGUCACGUUAGCAGGGAAGCCAUUAAUAAAGACAUCAAGAGCCACCCUGGUCAACAAGGAGUUGCCUGCUGUUACUGCUGAUAUUGGAAGCACUGUGAAAACCAUCCUGGGAGCAAACGUGACCAUCAACUGCCAGGUUGCAGGUGUGCCUGAAGCAGAACUCACCUGGUUCAAGAAUAAAAUCAAGCUGGCCCCUGGUCAUUAUCUGCAGGAUGGGUCACUGCAGAUUGAAAAUGUUUCUCUCUCGGAUCAAGGCUUAUACUCCUGCAGGGCAGCCAACAUUCGUGGGCAGAUUACCGAAAGCACUCAGCUUCUUGUUCUGGACCCGCCACAAUUCCGUCAUCGUUUGGAAGACAUGGCAGCCACGUUAUCCAUCACAGGACCAGGCGUUCCUUCUGUGAUAACAUCUCCUUCAGGAACAAGAAAAGUGCUCAGCCCAGGGAGUUCUGUGCUGAUUGGCUGCCCAGUGAAUGGUCACCCCGCUCCUAACAUUACCUGGUUUCAUGCUGGUCAGCCCUUCAGCAUGCCUCACCACGUGUUGUCAUCUGGAGAGAUUAUUCAGAUACUGAACAUCAGCCAUGAUUAUCAAGGAGAAAUCAGCUGCAUGGCUCAGAACGAGGCAGGCUUGCUCGUACAAAAAACGUCUCUGACAGUCCAAGAUUACUGGUGGUCGGUGGAUAAGAUGUCGCCCUGCUCAGCCUCCUGCGGUAACAAGGGUCUGCAGCAUCACCAGCUGAGAUGCUUACUGGACAGAGCCCAAGUCAACAUCUCCCACUGCAUGGAGAAGCCCAAACCGGCUCUGCAGCCAGUUGCUUGUAACAGAAGAGAUUGUCCUUCGAGAUGGAUGGUGACGUCGUGGUCCCAUUGUACGCAAAGCUGUGGCGGAGGCAUUCAGACCCGUCGGGUGACAUGUCAAAAGCUGACAGCUGCAGGCAGCUCCAUGCCCAUGUCAAAUGAUGCAUGUGCUCAACUUUCCAAGCGCCCGGUAGACACCCAGAGCUGUAACAGACAGCUGUGUGUUGAGUGGGCAACUUCUGCCUGGGGGCAGUGUAAUGGACCAUGCAUUGGAUCUCGGCUGGCUGUACAACACAGGCAGGUUUUCUGCCGGACCAGGGAUGGGAUAUCUGUGCCUUCUGACCAAUGCAGCUCUCUUCCAAGGCCUCUGAGCACGCAGAACUGCUGGACAGAUGCUUGCGGAGUGCACUGGAGGGUCAGUCUGUGGACUCUGUGCACGGCUACCUGCGGGAACUACGGCUUCCAGUCAAGACGAGUGGAAUGUGUGCGUGUCCGCACCAACAAACCUGUGCAAGAGCACUACUGCGCCUGGAGACAGAGGCCGGCUAACUGGCAGCGUUGCAACAUCACUCCCUGUGAAAAUGUCGAGUGCAGAGAUACCACCAGGUACUGUGAGAAAGUGAAGCAGCUGAAGCUCUGCCAGCUCACGCAAUUCAAAUCACGGUGCUGUGGGACGUGUGGAAAAGCAUAAAGGGGGCAAGCAGAGAACCAUCCGAUGAAUUUGGCACCGCCAGCCCCCCCUCUGCUUUAUUACUGAGAAGGGCUUCUUCAUAAAAAGGAAAAAAUGGAAUGGAAUGGCCUUAUCUUCCAUUUUAUUUAUUUAUUUUUCCUCUCCCCCCUUUUUUGUUUCCCUUUUUUUCAAAAAAACAAAACAAAAUCCCUUUCUUAAACUGAAGUCUUUGUAAAGAACUCGACAAGGUUUCCCUUCUAUAAGGAGGCUGGGAGACAAACACAGCAAGUCACAGAAUUUCUUAUGAGGGUGCAGACCAAAACAAAAGGAGAGAGAGCUCCGGAGAGAAGAGAGUCUGGAACGACGGAACGCCCUGGGAGACUUCAAGGCUUCAAGCAACAGGACUCUGAAAACGCCUUGCAAAAUUGCCAGUACCUUGAGUCAGAGGUGUGACGUUCGCCCUUGCACAAAAGAAGGGACAAUGAAGUGGAAGGGAAAGGGGUGUCUUGUUGAAGAAUGGAUUAGCCUUCAGUUGGCCCUGGAAGGCUUGCUCACGUCAGGGGAAUAGAUAUGACCAUCUGAUAAAAGGAGUAGCUUCCUAUGGUGUCAUUUCACCACGUGGACAUGGGAAGGACCAGACACCCACCACUGGGAGAAGAGAAAUUUACCCUGUACCAUUGCAGUCAGGGGGCGGGGGAAUCCUGCUACUCGCCAUUGGGGCAGGAUGCUGCAGCCCAACAGCUUCCCAAAUGGCUGUGUGUUCAGCAGCUCUGUAUAUUCAUCCGCCAUGGGUUUUGUAUAGCUAUUUCCCUGUUGCGUUGCCACCUGGGCCUCCCUGCUUUCGGUUAUGCUCAGGAGGCACAGUCCAAGUCUCAAAAUACUGCAGCGGCACAAGCUCCAUUUCAAUGUGGCAUUAAAAACAGGGGCAGCAAUGCAAAGGGUAUAUCCGUUGAUCCCAGUCACAAAAUGAGUCUUGAAAGAAAUGAUGCGCCAAAGGCUUGCCCUCUUGUCACAUUUCAGUUGAUUUCUGUUCAUUGUCCCGGUAUUCCUCCUGACACAUACAGUCGUACCUUGGUUUUCAAACAGAAUGCAUUCCAGAAGUCUGUUCGACUUCCAAAAUGUUCAGAAACCAAGGCACGGCUUCCAGUUGGCUGCAGGAGCAUCCUGCAGCCAAUCAGAAGCCGCUCCGGACAUUCAGCUUCCGAAGCAAAGUUCGCAAACCAGAACACCCACUUCCAGGUUUGCGACGUUCGAGUUCCAAGUUGCUCGUGAACUAAGCUGUUCAAAAACCAGGGUACGACUGUAUAGACCAGGGGGUCCCCAAACUACGGCCCCCGGGCCGGAUGCGGCCCAAUCGGCCUUCCAAUCCGGCCCGCGACGACCCCCGCCGCCGCCCGCUCUCACGGCGCGCGGCGCAGCGACGAUCUAAAAAAUCGGCAAAAAAUCGCCGAAAAUC